AUGGAUCCAUACAACCCGAACAACCCAAACCCGAACGUUUUUUCGGUGCCCAGCUACUAUCCUUCAAUGUUCUCGAACGCUUUCUCGCAAUUUUCUGUCAAAGCUUUUGCGAGUUUUCAACAAUCUUCGAACGCUUUUUCGAAUAUGCCACAAAUGCAAGCAUUACAAAACAUGAUGAUGCGAAACCCGUUCAAGAUGCAAGUACAAUCUCAACAACCACAACCCGUUGAAUCUUCUCAACCACUACAACCCGUUGAAGGCGACAUUGAAGUCGUUCCAGAGACGAAACCCCAAUCUUCUAAACGCAAAAAAGGAAAGCAAGUGGCGGUUGACCAAAAUCAACCUUCGAAACCGAAGCCAAAACCGUGGACGAGGAUCGAGGAUGAGGCCUUAGCGCAGGCGUAUAUUAGCACAUCCACACACCCCGUUGUCGGUAACAACCAAACCGGCGAAGGGUUUUGGAAAGCGACAUUAUCAAAGUUCCUUGCGAUCAUGGAACAACGACAUUAUCGCGAUGUCGACUCGAUAUAUUCGAAGUGGCGAAAGAUGAAUCCGAUUGUGAACCGGUUUGCGGCGAAAUAUAACAAUUUAUAUACAAGUCAUCGCCGUAGUAGGAUGAACGAUAAAGAUGUUGUCAAAGCGGCGAUGGAUAAAUACGAAUCGUCGCAUAAAUCCGCUUUCCCACACAUUCGGGCUUGGGAAGUUUUAUGA